UUAGGUUUCAUAACGGAUGACUGUAAGGCUGCUAUGGAAUGGUUUCAAAAGAAAAUGAAAAGCGAUGUCAUCCCACAGGAUAACAGUUCCUUGCUCGAAGAAAAAAUACCUACAGAAUUUUGCAUUGCAUACUUGGGUUUACGACCAGGCACAAUUCUCUUUUUAAUCAUAAUUAUCUGGUUUUCAAUCAAAUGGUGUCAAAAGAAAAAGAAAAGCGAUACCAUCCCACAGGAAACGAAGAACAAACUAAAAGAAACGAAGAACAAACUAAAAGUUGCAGUUGAUUUGACGUUUUUUGUAUCGCCUCAAGAUGGAGAUUUUACACAAAACCUCAUUGGCGGCACAGAGCGGUUACUCCAAACACUACCUGACUAUGUUGUGGAGAUCCUAACACCUGAAUGGUCCAAAGAAGACGACUCGACGAAUAAGAUACGAAUUGUCGCAUAUUUGACCCAAGAGAGAAAUAAAACUGAAUUUGAAGAAAUGAUGAAAUGUGACCAAGGAUCUGUUUGCAUCCUGUUCCUCCCUGAGAACAGGUCACUCCCAAAUAUACCCUUGGAUCGGAAACACAUCAUCAUCAGUUUUAGAAAGUAUCCCAACAUUGUAAAAUGUUCUUUCUAUGACGAUUCUCAGAAAAACGCCUGGAACAAUUUAUUGAGAAAUGUACGGAAAGGUGAUGAAGGGGAGGAUGACAAAUAUGGUUCUCCAGUUUAA